AGCGAAACAAAGUGGGAGAGCAAAAAGGGGGGCCUUUCGAACCCAUUCGAAUCUCCAAGGUCUUUGCCACCCUCGUACGGCACGCGUUCUCUUUUUCUUCUCUUCUCUCCUCUCCUCCCCUCCUGGAAAAACCCUAGAGCUCUCCCGAGCGAGAGUGAGAGUGUGGGAGAGAGCGGAAAGGAGGUUCUCUUGAUCUGUUUUCUCCUUCUCUUCGAUCGCUUAAAGCCAUGGAGAUACCUUCGAACGACCUGGAUCGGCUCGUCUUCUUCGAGCACGCCCGCAAGGCCGCCGAGGCGGCCUACGCCAAGAACCCCCUCGAUGCUGACAAUUUGACAAGGUGGGGAGGAGCGCUGCUCGAGCUAUCACAGUUUCAAACUGGAGCUGACAGCAUAAAAAUGGUUAAAGAUGCUGUAUCGAGACUGGAGGAAGCCUUGGAGGUGAAUCCUAGAAAGCAUGAUACUCUAUGGUGCUUAGGAAAUGCCCAUACAUCUCAUGCAUUCUACACUCCUGAUAACGAGCAAGCAACAGUUUAUUUUGCAAAGGCAACUCAGUGUUUCCAGCAGGCAGUGGAGGAGGAUCCUGGAAAUGAGCUAUAUCUCAAGUCUUUGGAUUUAUCAGCAAAGGCACCUGAGUUGCACUUGGAGAUUCAGAGGCAGUUGGCAAGUCAACAGACUUCAGCAGGAGCAUCUUCAACUUCAAACGUGAAGGUGUCCAAGAAAAAGAAACAAAAAAGCAGUGACCUGAAGUAUGACAUACUUGGGUGGGUAAUCCUGGCAGUUGGCAUUGUAGCCUGGGUAGGGAUGGCCAAGUCUCAUGUUCCUCCCCCUCCUCCCAGGUGAAAGGCCAGUUCUUUAGUUCAGUCCUCUGAAGGAAGUCUACUGCUUCAUAGUACUUGGACUCUGAGGUUCCUAUGCCCCGAGUAACUUGAGAAGCUGUUGAGGCCAAGGUGGAGAAAUAGCCUAUACCUAUAGCUGCUUAGCUUGCAUGCUGAGUUCUAUUUUUUCUUGAGCCAGUCGCCAUAUACCUUGUUAAAGUCUGCAUGUUUUAAAUUUUCCAACUGUCUCCUUCUAAUUUUGUUUUGAUGCAAUGAAGCCUUUCGCCUUGGUAUGUUUAGCAAGGCUGUUUUGUUUGCAAUAAUGAUCUUUGCUUUUUUAUUUACCUUAAUCUAAGAUAGUCAUGUGCAAGAGGCUAUAGAAUCAUA